AUGUCUGAACCAAUGCGACCUAGGGGAAGGCCGGCCCAUACACCCGGAACAACGGUCUUGACGUAUACACCCGACGGCCGUUAUAUUGUCACAGGAGGCUCAAACUCUGCUAUCCGAAUCUACACCGUGGGACAAGAUGGAGAGCCGAAGACCGUCGAAGAAGGCGCCGAUGGACACCUGGGAAUAGGAGCUACGAACGAGUAUUUCUUCAUGGGUGCCGAAGACGGGACAGUCUGGCAGUAUGAAGUCCAAUCAGGGCGGAUGGAGAAGCUACUCGUACGAUGUGCGUUGCCUGUACGAGAUAUCGCCGUUACAAAAGAUAGGGAGUGGGUUGCUGUCGCGAGCGAUGAGCUCACGAUCAAACUGGUCAAUAUCGAAGAUAUGACGAAAGUCAAGUACCUGCGCGAGCAAGCGAAAGGAACGAAACAUAUUACUUUCGAUCCAAACGGGCGGUUCGUUGCAGUCUCGUGUACAGACGGCAUCGUUUACCUCUAUUCUAUGGAUACCGAGGAACCGGAGCUGGUGCGAAAACUCGACGGCGUGAUUCGGCGGCUAGAGCCCGAGGAUGAAGCGACUUCAAGAGUGGUGUGGCAUCCUGAUGGGACUGCAUUCGGAGUGGCAGAAACGACACGAGAUAUUGCUGUCUUUUCCGUGGGCGGCUGGAAAAAGGAAAUGGCCUUCUCCGGUGGCCACAAUGGGGAUAUCACGGCCAUGAGCUGGUCUCCUAACGGUGCGCUUUUGGUGACUGCCGCCAAGGAUGGCCAGGUUCUACUAUGGGAAAGCAAGACGCAGAAGAUUCUACAUCAGUAUGACUUUCCGAAUGUGAUCAAUGUCGACUGGCAUCCGACAACGAACGCCCUGUCGCUUACGACGUCGGAUGGAGAACUAUUCAUCUACGAUGGUUUUGUGCCAAAGGAUCACCAACUUAUCCUUCAAAAGCCACUUCAGGCAGCUCCCAUAUUUCCCGGCGCGUUGACUGAAAUAUCCGAUAAUGCGAGGCGGCCACUGGCGAAUCGACCAAAAGAAGUACAGCCAAGGGGGAGGAUGGGCAGCAUUGACUCGCUCGAUGAUAUACUUGGCUUUGAUCAAGAUAUGGAAGAUUUCGUCGAAGAUGAUGAUGGAGCUGGUUAUGCUGAGGGUAUUAAUGGACAUGGGAAGCGCACGAACGAGCAUCUGGAUGAUAUCAACGGACAUAUGGAUAAACGGAUGUUGACAUCCUUUGCGAGGCCAGCGAUUCAUGCACCGCUCCAACCUGGCAGCACACCUUGGAGGGGAAACCGCAGAUACCUUUGUCUGAAUUUAACGGGUGCCGUCUGGACUGUCGAUCAAGAAACUCAUCAUACGGUGACAGUGGAGUUUUAUGACCGAGAACUGCACCGUGAUUUCCACUUUACAGACCCGUAUUUGUAUGACCGGGCAUGUCUCAAUGAACAUGGUGCUCUCUUUUCGAACAAUCCGAAAGAUGGUGGCCCUGCCACCAUCUUCUACCGUCCACAUGAGACUUGGACCACACGAGCAGACUGGAGAACCCAGCUACCCCAGGGAGAGCUCGUUCGAGCGCUGGCGCUCAGCGAAUCGUACAUCGUUGCGGUAACAACGAAAGACUAUGUUCGAGUCUAUACCCUAUACGGAACACCUUUCAAAGUGUACCGACAAAAAAGUUCGGCCGUGGCCUGUGCUGCUUGGCGAGACUACAUCAUGACCAUAGGGAACGGUCCACUGGGGAAUGAUGGGAAAAUGGCAACUCUGAGAUAUACUGUGGAGAAUGUCAAGCGCGAUGAAAUCUGCCAGAACGAGGACGUUGUUGCUAUGCCAGACGGAAGUGAGCUGAAGAGCGUUUUCUUCACCGAUAUAGGAGACCCUUGUAUCUACGAUUCAGAAGGUGUAUUGCUGAUCCUCCAGCACUGGCGUACUCCAGGCCAGGCGCGGUGGGUGCCGCUGCUCGAUACGAGGCAACUGGAGCGACUGGCAAGCGGACGCAAGGAGGAAACCUACUGGCCUGUUGCUGUCGCGCAGGACAAAUUCCACUGUAUCAUCUUGAAGGGAGGAGACCGAUAUCCUUAUUUCCCUCGGCCAAUGCUCAGUGAAUUCGAAUUCCGGAUACCAAUCUCCGACAAGCCCAGCAAAGCCCAGGAGGACGAGGAAGAAAAUGCUGCACGCAAUGACAGCAUGCGCCUCGAGGAGUCCUUUGUCCGGGGCAACCUGCUUUUCUCUCUAUUCCAAGAUCUGGUCUCAUCUACGCACGCGACUUCAACCCAGCGGGCCGAACUGUCACGGAAAGAGUUGGAGUUGGACAAGGUACUUCUGCAGCUCCUAGCGAUCGAGUGUCGCGAGGGUGAGGAAAGGGGCAUGAAGGCACUAGAACUGGUACACAUGAUGAAGGACCGCAACGGCAAGAUGGUCGAGGCUGCUGUCAAGGUUGCACAACGGUAUAAUCGGGGAGUAUUAGAGGAUAAGAUCCGGGGUCUGGCUGAGCGGCGAUAUACAGGGGAGGAUGAUGACGAUGAAUUAGCACUUUAA